UGCACUUUGUCUGGAUGGCACUUGAGGACGAGUUUUCGAUGUGCGCUCCGGAUCUCUGAUAGUUUGGCAUCCGUCGAGACUCCAAGUAGCUGGUAUGGAUCGGGGGGUAAUGUCGUAGCCAUGGUGACGUGGCGAAAUUAGUGAUGUGGGGAGAUUAGUGACCUGGGGGAGAUGACUCCAGCUGAGUGGCAACCAGCUGAGGGUGUAGUGGUGGUGGAUGUCGCUGCUCGUCGUCUGCGAGGGCAUCCAAGGGCCCUAUUGCAUGGUAACGGCGAUGAAAGUGAGAGUUCGGUUGGGACCAGCAGCAGCGGAGCAACACGACACGGUUUUGUACAAGGGAAUGGAAUGUGGAAUGGAAAUAUCGGCGAAGUAUUUGGAAGGCAACGACGGCUUCGCACUCCUGGUUAUCCCGCACUCCUUGGUCGAUGGGGGGUGCGGGAGCGAUGGCGAUGGCGAUAGCGAUACUUUGGACAGCGGCGAUGUUCCUGAAAUCCGACUUGGAUGGGGGGGAGGAUGGGGAUUGGGGGGGCCGGUUGGUGUCGCCAAUAACAACGUCGCGUGGCUGUGCGCUAAGCCCGAAGCGGGAUCGGGUGCUGUCGCUGCUGGAGAGCGCUGGCGGUGCUGUUCCUUGGUGCGCGAAAUUCGUUGCGAGUCGGUUUUACUCAGCAGGCCGCAGCGGUUGUUCGUCAGCAGUGGUGGCAAUGAUAAAUUUGCCUGCGAGAAGCUUCCUCGUAGUACUGUACUGUACUGUAGUGUGUGGUGUAGUGUGGUGUAGUGUCGUGUCGUGUCGUGUCGUGUAUUAAACAAUAAUUCCGUAAGUUGCAAGUCGCGAAGAGAAGUUCGAUGCGAAGGAGAGAGGUCAAGCCCGGCCGAGGUCAGCGGCGAUUGAAGAAGUGAAUGGAAGAACAGAUGAGUCCGGCGUCCCUGGGCGGUGGUCGGAGCAGAGCAGAUAACGGUCCCUGGAUCUGGGGUCGCGCCUUGGGGCUUUGGAUAA